AUGCACCACUCCUCACCAAUAUCCUCUAUUUCUCUUAAUUUCUCUUUGUUGUUCCUUUGUGGGGAUAGCUUCUUCUCUUCAGCAAUGGCAGGCAUGGCAGCUCUUGAAGCCCUCACCGAUAGGCUGUAUGGCUUUAUCCAGUCCAUGGAAGAUGAGGGAAUAGUGGACUACCAUUUCGAAGAAUGUUACAACAUGAAGGAGGCCAACGGAUCCGUUUUGUUCACUGAGAUUAUUCCUACUUACAUAUCUGAUUCUGAAUCCACCUUAGUGCACAUGACUAACGUAUUGGAUCAGCCUAUUGUUGAUUACAAUCAGCUCGAACAACUCUGCAUCAAGCUUAAAGGAGGGACGACAUGCAUCGGUGCAUGCCGCAUGGCGGCUUCAUGUGGCGUUUUUUGUCAGACUACUGCUGCCAGAAGCAAGGAAGACUGCAUGCUGAUGUUGGAGGUGAUCAAAGGUGAUUUUUUCACUCUGCGUAACAAAUUGGAGACUUUGCUGGAGCUGGAGAAGAGGAUUGUGACCAAUGAUUAUCAAGGUUCUUGA